GUGAGGAGGGAGGGAUCUGAGCUCUGCAGCGUGGCUCUGUGUCUGAAUGAAAGGACCUCUCUCUCCCACUCUCUCUGCUGUCUGUAUGUAUGUAUGGCUCACGUCCGCUGCAGCAAGUGAGCACAUGUCCAGAACAAACACAGCGAGACUCUCCAAGUGACUUCAAGCUGGAAGUAAAUAUUUUGCAGAAACCUCGGCUGAAGGUGCAGCUUUAAAUUUUGGUCCCUGCUGGAUUACCUCUUAGCAAUGGGACUACUUUUUUGAUUUUUGGAGGAUUGCUCAGCAUCCAGAGAAGAACAUAUUUUCGAGAAACUGUCAUGUGAUGACUGGAAGAUUUGGACUCCUUAUUUCAUUCAAGAAUUAGUGUUGUGAUCCACAGGUGUUUCUGAAUCUCUCUACAGCUGCACUGCAGAUCUCCCCAUCAUCAACAGAACUCACUGGACGUGGAUCAGUUUGAUCUUACUUUACAUUAUUUACACACAUCACUGGGGCUGUGAGCACAAUGCCCUGGUUCUGAGAGCAUUGUAGGUCUCUUGCCACCUUGCAGGCAGGUGUGAAGCUGGGUGUUAGAUACACAUUCAAACCUCUAUACACACACAUGGUUGCCUGAAACUGCAGAGAAUCAAGGCAUCAAAUGAGGACAUCCAAUACUCCAAAGUCCUUCAGAAUAGCUAACUCUGAGUCUCACACCCGUGCUUGACAGAUGCCCAUGGAGGUGUAACAUGUGUAUUGUUUCACAACAAGCCUUCUUCUUCUCGCACAUUAUAUGCAUUAGAGGCAUCACAUCAAAGCUGCUUUGAUUUACUUCAUUACUGGGUCAAGAGCCAAACUGUCCUGAACUGAAACUCUUUCCACCAUGACCCCACAGACUGGCAAUUUGCAGCAUGGCUUCCUUCCUCACCUGCUUCUCCUCGUCCUGUUGCUCCUCCAGGCCUGGAGAGGGUGCUGUCACCCCCAGUGUUUGGACUACAAGCCUCCAUAUGAGCCCAGGAUGCCACUACUCUUCUGCAAGGAGUACACCAAGUUUGGAUGCUGUGAUCUGGAUAAAGAUCAGGAGAUAUCAGCCAGGUUUUACAGCAUCAUGAGCAACUUUGACCAUUCAGGUUUUAUGACCUGUUCCAAGUACAUACGCAACAUCCUCUGCCAGGAGUGUUCUCCAUACUCCGCCCACCUGUAUGAUGCUGAGGAUGCUAACACACCCAUGAGGGUGCUACCUGGGCUGUGCCGUGAUUACUGCUACGACUACUGGCAUCAGUGUCGCUACACGCUAAGCCUUCUCUUGGAAGACGUUGGGAGCCCGCAGCAGUUUGCAAACCUGACUGCAACGAUAGAAGAAGAUCGCAAAAGGUUCUGCAACUUCCUGGAGCUGAGGGACAACCAGUACUGCUAUCCUAAUGUAUUGACAAAUACAGAGCUGAAUGCUAACCUGGGCUUGGUAAGUGAGGAUCCCGCAGGAUGUCUGGAGCUGUGUUUGCAGGAGGUCGCCAAUGGGCUCCGUAACCCUGUGGCCAUGAUCCAUGCUAAUGAUGGAACUCAUCGAUUCUUCGUGGCGGAGCAGCUGGGUUUUGUGUGGGUGUAUCUGGCUAACGGCUCCAGGAUCGACCGUCCUUUCCUCAACCUGACCCAUGCUGUCCUCACAUCACGGUGGGCUGGGGACGAAAGGGGAUUUCUCUGCAUAGCCCUGCACCCAAGGAUCACCAUGGUCAGAAAAGCAUAUGUGUACUACUCUAUAUCUGUCAAGAAGGAGGAGAGGAUACGUAUCAGCGAGUUCACACUGCUGCCACAUGAUGACAACCAACUAGACCACUCCUCUGAGAGGACCAUCCUUGAGGUGGUAGAGCCGGCGUCCAAUCACAAUGGAGGACAGCUUCUGUUUGGCCCUGACGGGUACCUGUACAUCUUCAUUGGUGAUGGUGGCCGAGGUGGGGACCCAUUUGGAAAGUUUGGCAACUCACAGAACAAGUCGACACUCCUCGGCAAGGUGCUUCGCGUUGACAUCGAGAACAAUGAUGAUGGCCCCCCAUACAGCAUCCCCUCAGACAACCCAUUCUUGGGGGAGAAGGAAUCACUACCUGAGAUCUAUGCCUAUGGAGUUCGCAACAUGUGGCGUUGCUCCAUUGACCGCGGUGACCCCAUCACAGGUCAAGGCGCAGGCAGGAUGUUUUGCGGUGACGUAGGCCAGAACAAAUUUGAAGAGGUGGACUUGAUUGUUAAAGGAGGAAACUACGGAUGGAGGGCUAAAGAAGGCUUCAGCUGCUACGAUCGCAAACUCUGUCAGAACUCCUCGCUAGAUGACAUCUUGCCUAUCUUCGCCUACCCUCACAAGCUGGGCAAGUCAGUGACAGGAGGAUACAUAUACAGAGGCUGUCAGAUGCCCAACCUGAAUGGGCUCUACAUCUUUGGGGAUUUCAUGAGUGGGCGUCUGAUGUCUCUGAAGGAGAAUGUCACUUCCGGUAAAUGGGAGUACAAUGAGAUCUGCAUGGGAAGAGACCGGACCUGCAGGUUCCCCAAACUCAUCAACAGUUACUAUAAACACAUCAUCUCUUUCGCUGAAGAUGAAGCGGGUGAGCUAUAUUUCUUGGCCACAGGAGCCCCAAGUGCCAUGGCCAGAGCAGGAGUCAUCUAUAAGAUAGUGGACCCUUCCAGACGAGCGGCACCAGGAAAAUGCAGCUUCAAGCCUUCACCUGUGAAGAUAAAGGGAAAACUGAUUCACUUCUACCCCAGAGAGGAGUUUGUAAUCAACAAGAAACCAACCACCACACCUGUGCCCACGACAACCACAAGAAAAACUACAACAACAACAAAAACACCACCCAGACGAAAAACACCCAUAAUAAUUAUUAAACCACCAAUGCCAACAAGAAAAACAAUAAGAAAACCCGCACCACCACCACCACCACCACCACCAUCACCAUCACCAGCAAAAACAACAACAACGACAACAACAACAACAACCGCAGCAGCAACAAUAAGACCCACAACAUUACAGACAACAAGAAAGGCAACAACGAGAAAACCACCACCAACAACACCAACUGCAAAACCAACAACAAUAAAAACAACUGCAGCAACAACAGUAAAACCAACAACAGUACCAACAACCGUGAUGGCCAUGGCAACAACCCCUGCCCCAACCACACCCACUGGUUAUCGCACAACCAUGACUGCUGCCCUCUCUAGGAUUGCUCAAACCCCAAUCAUCACCACACCUCCAACCAGGAGACAUGGGAGACCCCUUCAGUAUGUCCCUCUUACCACCCCUGAACCUUUAACCUCACCACAGCCAACCACAACAUCGCUGAAACGACACCAGAUGGCCCUGACCUCUGCGCGAUACCCUCAACAUCCUGAAGCAUUGACUACGCCACGGUCCCCAUAUUGGAGCCAGAAACCCACUGCAUCAGUCUACAAGCCCCAGAGACCACCAAUCAACACAACUCUGCUUAAAUCACAGGAGGAGAGGCUGUGGCUCGGAGAGAAGCUGGAACGCGCCGGAGAGGGUAACCAAAUAUUCAAGAGGACUCGAGGAAGAGGUCACAAAAGAGGAAGAGGAAGAAGGCUGCGGGUGGGCUCGGUGCGACUGGUAAGCGCCGAUGGUUUAUCAGAUCGGGGUAGAGUGGAGAUCUUUAUCCGUGGUGAGUGGGGGACAGUGUGCGAUGACCUUUUCACCAGCAAAGCAGGUACUGUAGUGUGUCGACAGCUCGGCUUCACGACAGCGUUGGCGGUGAUGAAGAGGGCUGCGCUGGGGGAGGCAGACCGCAACGUAAGGAUCCUGUUGGAUGAUGUGGAGUGUGAGGGUGGGGAGAGUUCGCUGCUGGAGUGCAAGAGAUCCAGGGUCGGGAAACACAACUGCUCACAUGGGGAAGACGUUGGGGUGAUCUGUGGUUAGCACACAGGGGUUAAAAUUAAGAAGAAGAAAAAAUAUAUAGGAAUAUAGGAAGGAAAGUAGACAGUGAUGUAUGGUGUGUGUCACAUACAGGAAGUGACAGGAUGAGAAAGAGAAGACAGUAUUUUAGGAAGGUGGAGGACGUUAUUACAGACUGUUCAUUUGAACCCAUUAGCCAGAGUAAAUGUUGUCAUUGUAUGUUUCUGCGAACCACAGGUAUGAAACAUUUGUUUGUGAUUAUGUAGUAGAUAUGUUGAAGCUUUACGUUACUACAACACUGUGGUUAAUGUGGUUAUAUUUUGGCACAAAAACCACUCGGUUAUGGUUUAAGAAAGAUCAUGUUUUGGCUUAAAAUACCCGUUUUUGUUGGCAUAGUCACAGCUGGAAAUGCUGCAAUGUCUCGCUAAAAAACUACUGGUUUUGAUGUUUGUUGGACUCUGUCUCCACCUAGAUGUCAGGCCAUCCACCAUCUCCUUCACCUCACAGUGAAGUCAGCUCAUAUUAAUGUCAUAAGCACUAUGUAACUUUAGAAAUAUUGAUAUGAUUCAUGAAACACAGCCAACAUUUGUAGAUGGGUGGUACAUGGGCUGAAAAAUGGGGCCUAUAUAUUGGAUUUCACAUUGGCCCCAUGCAGAUAGCCCACAUGGGUGGGUUUGCCCAGGUGCGCCCCACAUGAGUCAUGCUGGGGCUACCUGUAUACAAAGUGGGAAUGGGUCCAAAAUGGGCAUCUUAUCUGGGGCCCACUUGAGUAAACCCACCCAUUUGGGCAAAUGUCAUGGGGCCAUUAUCCCAGCAAGGGAAAAAGACGUUUAAAAAACAUCUAAUAGCCGUCUACAUGAAGACCUGACGUCUAGGCUAAAUCACGGCUGAAUUUGGGCUGUCAGUGAAAAUUUGGUAGACGUCUAACCAUAGCCAAAGUGUAGACGUCAUCAAUUAUAUGGCUAUGUAGAGACCAUGUCCAAAAAAUGGAGAUAAACAUAUUUUAAUUACUGUUGACUCUCCAUACGUGAUUGAAUAUCAUACCGCACGCCAUCUGCAAUGGCAAAAAUUACAUUUAAUCAAUUUCAAAAUUAAAUCAGCUAGAUUUGGGUUACAUGUAGCUAGACUAAAUCAGAGCUAAAUAUAGCCAAUACGUUUAAAUCACGACUAUUGCUUGCUGGGAUUGUUUACUACCCACAUGGGGCCCCACAUACAAAUGCAUCAGUGGUUUGCAGAAACGUAAAAUGCCAACACUUUCCUCUGGCGACUGGGCUGUUCGUUUUUAGGCAUUAAUGUUGUAAAUGUCUGUUUUUUAAAACUUAAAUGAACUUAAUUUUUUCAUAUUUUCCAGUUUUACAUGUUGAUGUUUUGUUGUCAUUUUCCAUCUGUUAAAUGCAAAACAGUGCCAGUGUACAUCACCUUAAAAUGCCUUUUGUUUGUUUGUUUGUUUGUUUGUUUUGCUUUGUUUGUUUUUAUGCAGACCAGUGAAGCAUAGAGGAUGAAAGUUGCUCUUAAACUCACUCAGUCUGAGUGAGUCUUGGAAGUUGAGUCUUUUCUGGCUGUGUGUUCUGUUUACAUACUUUCUCGACAUCCAUGAGGCAAACAGACAACUAUGUUAAAUCAGUCGAUUAUGUUCCAAGAAUAUAUUUGUAUUUUUGUACCGUGUAAUUUCAGCAGGUCUUUUUUCUAAAGGAGCUUUUUAUAAUUUGUAUUUUGAUACCAUUUUGAAUGUAGUUUCAAGAUUUAAAACAAAACUAAAGAGUUUUAAUAAGGAAAUGCUGGACAUUCUGUUUGAUGAAUGUAAUGAAAAUAUUUCCACUUUUAUAUUGGAAGGUUUGAGGGCACAGCGUGCCUGUGAUGAUAAUAAAGUGUU